GAAGCUUCCAAAAUGGGCUGUUUCGGGAGUAAGGACAAGCUGAGUAAGGAAGACAUGGACUUCCUCAAGUCACACACGAGAUACGACGAAGCUACCAUCAAGGAGUGGUACAAAGGGUUCAAACAAGACUGUCCAAACGGCAGACUAACGCCGGCAAAGUUUGUCGACAUGUACAAAAUGUUUUUUCCCUCUGGCAAUGCGGAGGAAUUCUGCGACCACGUAUUCCGCACAUUCGACAUGGACAAGAAUGGAUACAUCGACUUUAAGGUAAGAGUUCUUUUACCGACAUUUCGAGAGGAAUGGCGGAUCUUCAGACAUUUUGACAGUGGACUCAACGGGCGGAUAUAGUGCACGGUUUUGUCGAGAUAAUAAACGAUACAUCUUCCAUCACGACAUGGAGCUCGAUAAAGAGCUGCGACAUACCUCGACAGAUAUCGUUUCACGGUAAAAUGUUCGAUUGCUCGGAAGAUGAGAAUUGAACUGGUGCAAAAAUAUCUCGACAGCCCUGUUUGACAAUAAACUUAGUACAAAAUAAUUGCACAAAUGUAUUUCACUAUAGCAUCGUUGGGGUUUUUUUUCUAUACGAUUGCAACAACCCUCUUUAAAAAAC